AUGGCUUCGCCACCAGCUCCGGCGACGACUCCGGACGCCAUGGUAUUAUUCCCGGACUACCUCGUCGGCGACGCCGCAACGCCGCCGUCGCAGCCCUGCCAGGUCGCCGACAGGCUGGCGGCGGCCUUCCAAGGCGGCGCACCCCCGCCGGCGACCAGCGACGCCCUCCCCUUCCCAGGCAUCAUUAUCCUCGUCUUUAUUUUCGUUUACUUCUCCUUCUACUUGUUCCGCGACGACCUCCGCCGUCACUUCGCCGGCACCCCCCUCGCCGUCCUCUUCGGCGGCGGCGGCGGCGAGUCGGGGCGGCGUCGGCGGGGGGAGGAGGCGGGGCUGGACCCAGCGGUGCUGGCUUCGUUAAUCCCGGUGGCUCCGUACGCCGCCGUGAGGGGUGUGACGGAGGGGAAGGGCGGGGCGGAGUGCGCGGUGUGCCUGGCGGAGUUCGCCGGCGGCGACGACGUGAGGGUGCUCACCGUGUGCUGCCACGCGUUCCACCCGGCGUGUAUCGACCCGUGGCUCGCGGAGCACGCCACGUGCCCGGUGUGCCGGUCGGACCUGGAGGCGGUGCCGGACGAGGCAGCUCUCCGGGCGGUGAUGGAGGCCGCCGGCGAUAGCCACAUCAUCAACAUCAGCGAAAAGGGGGAGGGGGAAUCCGGGAGGCCGCACGUGGUCGGACGGUCGAGGGACGGGGAGGACGAAGCGACGAGGAGGUGA